ACGUUCGUGUUGUACGAAGAACAUUUACUGAGGAGCACUGUUAUCAAAAUAAUGAGCAAACAUUGAUAAUAAAGAGCUUUUGAAAACUACUAUAUCUAUAUAUUGGUCAUCGGUAUGAUGAGCAUGCGCGAAUUUAUCCAAUAAAAGCCCGUGACAUUUGAAUUCAUCCCAAAUUCGAGUGUGUUCUCUCAGUAGAUUAAGUUCUGUGCGGUUAUAAUUGUUUGCUAAGAUGCAGGAGUCUCCAAAUUUUCACGAUAAUAUUACGCUUAAGUUGACAAGCGAGCAAAAGCAAUAUGCGGCGAAGGUUUUAAAUGAAUCUGACAAAAAUCGAGAAAAUGCCAUCGCGGAAAUUAAAUAUUGGAUUCAAGAGAGCGACAUACGUGCACGAACUGAUGACUUUUUCAUUUUGCGAUUUUUGAGAGCCUGCAAAUUUAAUAUCGAGAAAACUAAGACAAAAAUGCAAAAUUAUCAAAUGCAACGAGCUAAAAUACCGGAGUGGUAUGCGGAUCGAGAUCCACUACAACCGAAAAUGCAGGAAUUGCUUAAUUUGGGAAUUUGUUUACCCUUGCGAAAAUUGGACGAUCAAGGAAGAUUGGUAAUCGUCAUUCGCCUUGUGUAUGAUCCACACGUAUUUACAUUAGCAAAUGCAGCUAAGGUCACAACUUUGGUCGCAGAUGUGAUCUUAAGAGACAGCGUUGAAACAUCCUUGUAUGGUUUAGUACUAAUUAUGGAUUUAGGAGAUGUAACUUUGCGUCACGUCGCUCAAUUAACACCUUUCGUUGUAAUGAACGUGAUUCAUGCGUAUCAAGGUUGCUACCCCGUAAGAAUACAAUUGCUCAACUAUAUCAACGUGCCGGGAUAUGCUAAAUUUAUUCUGGAGCUUACCAAAUAUUUUUUGAAUAAAAAACUGAGGGAAAGAUUUCAUUUCUAUUCGCGCAAGACAACACAUGAUUCUUUCAAAGAUGUGCCAGUUAAUAUUUUACCGGUAGAAUAUGGCGGAACUGAUGGUACAAUUCAAGAAUUAAUAGAAUUUUGGAAGAAAGUAGUUGAAGAGAAUCACGAAUGGAUUAUCGAUGAUGAAAAAUAUAAACCAAUUUUGAAGUAGUCAUCAAAAUUGAACAGAAUAAACUGAAAUAUUUAUAGACACAUUAAUAUGUUUUAGCGCACAACGCUAAAAUAUAUUUUUAACUUUUUGAAAACAGCAAGUAACGAAAAAGGAGAGUUAAUAAAAUAUACAAUUCAUGCGCUCGAAACAAA